AUGGCUGCUUGGAGAGCCUUGGCAGGAGACCUCAACACGAACCCCUGGGGCAAGGCCUUCAGGUGGGCCAAGAGAAAGGGUGCCCCCUCAAAUACCGUGCAAGGCAAUUUACGGAGGUCGGAUGGUUCCUAUACCGAAACAAUCGAGGAUACGGCUGAACUGCUACUGAAUGCCUUUGCCCCAGACGAGAUGGACGACGAAAGCGUUGAAUUCCUCGGGCCGCUAGGUGAACGAGUGGAAACCCCCUCCCUCUCUGAGGUCAGGGCCUCGAUAUGGCGUAUCAAACCAAAUAAAGCACCCGGACUGGACGGCAUAAACGCCAGGAUAAUAAGGAAGGCAUGGCCGGUAAUAGGGUCAUCACUAACAGGGCUAUACAGCAAAGCGCUAAAGGAAAGCUACUUCCCCACUGGUUGGCGAAGAGCGAAUGUGAUAGUCAUCCCUAAAGGCGGGGACAAAGACCCGGCAACCACCGGAGCUUAUAGACCAAUAAGCCUGCUACCGGUCCUGGGUAAGGCUUUAGAGACCUUCAUUAUUAGGGACAUGGAAACAGAGACAAACUUGAACAACAUAGGAGAGCAGCACGGCUUCGUACAAGGAAAAUCGACCAUUACGGCAAUUAAAACGAUGUAUCGAUGGACCCACGAGUCGAAGAGUAGGCACGUCAUGGGUACAUUUCUCGACAUAACGGGGGCGUUUGAUAACGUUAGCUGGACCCCAUUGUUGAAACAACUUAAAAAAAUUGGCGCUUCACCAAGAACGUUACGAAUCACUGAGUCAUACCUCCACAACAGAUGGGCGCAACUGACGCUGGAAGGUAAGAAACAUGAGAAGAAGCUGACGAGAGGGUGCCCUCAGGGCUCUCAGCUAGGUCCAACCCUUUGGAAAGUUGCGAUGUCCGAACUUUUAUCGCUACCAGCUGAGGACAAUAUCAAAGUCAUUGCCUAUGCGGACGACAUCGCCCUCCUGGUAGUAGCGGCUAGGCAUGAGACGGUGGUAUCAAGAACCAAAAAAUACCUUGACAAGAUUAAGAAAUGGGCUGUCACCUACAACUUAUCCUUCUCCCCUCUAAAGACACAGGUGAUGUCAAUCAAGGGAGGAGUGAAGCCAGGAUACACAGUAGGCUUUGGCACGGAUGAAAUGGCUCCGAGGAUAGUAGCCGGAGGUACCGUACGCUAUCUUGGAGUAGUGCUGGAUCCAAGAGAAGACUACUGGUGUCACAUUGAGACCUUGGCUGAAAAAUCGAAGAGCCUCUACAGUAGGUUAAGGACUCUCACCUCGGCAAACUGGGGCGUAAACCAAAUGACCUCAAGGACGAUAUACAAAGGGGUAUUCCUGCCGAGGAUAACUUAUGCGGCUGAGAUAUGGUCAGGCGGCGCAAAAAUGAUAAAGUCAAUUAAAAAACUGGGCAGUAUGCAGAGACCACCUCUACUAGCAAUGACCGCGGCAUAUAGAACGGCCUCGACGAACUGCCUCUCAGUUGUGGCAGGGGUGUUACCCCUUGACUUGGAGAUAGAAAAAAGCGCUCUCCAAAGACGCCUGGCCGAAGGUGAGAUCACCCAGGAACAGCUCACCGAACGCGUAGACAAUAUCUUCACCGCAUGGCAGGAAAGGUAUGAAGCGACUGAUAAAGGGGAAUGGACCAAGCGUAUGAUACCCUGCGUGCGGGAGUGGUACUUUCUGCCGAUGCCCUUGGACCACAACACGACCCAGUUGCUGACAGGGCAUGGCGACUUUAGAUCUAAACUGUUUGGUUUCAAGUUAGUAAGCUCGCCCAACUGCGGGUGCGGAAACGGGUCGGAGACAGUUCAGCACGUCAUCUACCGCUGCCCGAGAAUGGAAACACAAAGACAGGAGCUCAAGAAAGUGAUGGCUGAGGAACAAGAGGGUUGGCCACCCAGGAACGGUGCCUUCCUCAAAACAAGAAGGACGUAUGAGGCGCUUAGGAAGUUCGCCAAGAAAUCGUUAACGAAUAGGACCGACAGAUAG